CCUGCUCGGACGUGGAGCGCAGAACGAUGGUGUGCCUGCUGCAUCGCGAUGGCGGGGGCUUCACGGGCCCCUCCGAGGCUUGGUCGGACCUGCGGGCCCGCGGGACUGGUGUGCUUCUGCUGCUGCGUCAGGUCGGCUACUGCCUCGAUGGUGGAGGUCGGUCCCUCCCGCGUAUCUACGGUGCUGCUGCUCCUGGUCUCCAGCAAAGGUGCGUCCCUUUUUUUCAAGCAUUGCAUAUUAGCUUCGGUGAGACGGCGUCCACGAUGACAAGGCCAUGGUGGGGUAUGUUGGUUGAUGGUGUGUGUGGUGGAGGGCUUCGAAGCGUCUGAUGGCGGGGUGAGGGUCGAGAGAAAUCCGUGUCGAGGUUUGACGCCGACAAUGGGGACGUCUGCGUGCGCCACCAUCCCUUCCUGAAGGGCGUCAGUUUUUACCCCUACCCAACUCCCUCGGCGUAUCAGGGGAAACCCCGGGACUUGUCCGGGCAGCAGCGUCGUCGCCGUCGCUUCCCCUCCUGAGUGUGUUGCUUGUUUCGCGUGGUUCGAAGCACUAGGAGCGUGGUGGGACAACUUUCACAUCGCGUGUCUUCUUCGUUUUGUUGAUCCGCCUUGUCGGCGUUGUUUUGUUUUCCGCGUGCGGAGGCAGCCAUUGGCCACCGCCGGGAUGCGUCGCGCGCUGGGGUUGCCGCGCCAGGGCCGGGAGAUGAGGGCCUUGUGCCUCUCGUGGCGCUGCCUCCUAAUUUGUACUGAGGCCAAUAGUCGUGGUCGCGCCAGGAGCAUCAUCGGGCCGAGGGCUGCCGCGUGACGCAGCGGCCACGCCAUCGCCUCGCAUUGUGCAUUGUGUGGCGCCUCCGUGUGGGCUGGGGAACCGGACCUGACCGCGGGCUGCCGCGGGAGGUUGCCUCCGCGUCGUGCGGCUUGGAGGGAGGGGCUCUCCGCGAUUCCGCGCCUUGAGAGGGUGUGGUCGAGCCGUCAUUUGGAGGAACAGCCUCCAUCUACCUGGGGGAUGCGGCCGUCGUUCCACGGCUCGGCAUCGUGGACGUCAUCUCCGCAAUGGCUGGUGCUCGCCGGUGACUCCCCGCGGCCUCCACCCGAAAGAAUCGCCUUCGCCCUCCAUGUAAUAAACUCGGCAUCAAACAUAGCGAUCCUGGCGACGGGCGUAGACAAGGCAAAGGCCGUGCAUUUGGCCGUGUCUGACAGCAGCGACGGUCCAGACGCCCCCGCGUCCCUGCCUGCCAAGAUGGUCCAGCCAACGCACGGGAAGCCGGUGUGGUUUCUGGACAAGGCGGCAGCCUCAUCACCCGAGGCGCUGCCUGACGAUGCGUACGAGCAGCAGCAUCGUGAGUACUAGCUAACUGAGAACAAAGCGGGGAUUCCUUUGCUUUGAAAAAUGGAGGUGUGUAGGUACUUAGGUGCGUGGAUCAUGUGAUGGAACAAGGUUUGCUUCGUCCGACGCCUUUAGUCCUCUUCGUGUUAGUCCGACGCAUGGUUCCUUCCAUGGAAUCGGAAGGGCCGUCAGUUCUGGCGGACGACGGAGAUGGUUUCGUGCGGCAUUGAUGUUUAUGCGCGCGUUGUGGCCUCAGAGUUGAGAACAUUAAAACCUGAAUUGUGGCCAGUUUUUAUGGUAUUGUGAACCCCAUUCUAUCUAG